AUGUCGACCAUAACAACCACCGCCCUCCAAACCUCCUACCCACCCCACCUCCCCAACUCCUUCAAUGGCAACCAACCUAAAACAAUCCGCCUCUACCCCCUCUCAAACUACACCUUCGGCACCAAAGAAACGCAACCAGAAGAAGACCCCUCAGUCAUGGCGCGCCUCAAACGUCUCGAAGAACACUACAUAAACCACGGCAUGCGCCGCACCUGCGAAGGUAUCCUCGUCUGCCACGAACACAAUCAUCCUCACAUCCUCAUGCUGCAGAUCGCGAAUGCGUUUUUCAAGCUCCCUGGUGACUAUCUCAAGCCCGAGGACGAAGAGAUUUCGGGGUUCAAGGAGAGGUUGAAUGAGCGGCUUGCGCCUGUGGGCAGUCAGUUUAGUGGGGAGGGCGUGAAUGAGGAGUGGGAGAUUGGGGAUACGCUUGCGCAGUGGUGGAGACCUAAUUUUGAGACGUUCAUGUAUCCGUUUAUUCCGGCGCAUGUGACAAGGCCGAAGGAGUGUAAGAAGUUGUAUUUUAUUCAGUUGCCUAGGCAGAAGGUUCUGUCUGUUCCAAAGAACAUGAAAUUAUUAGCGGUUCCACUUUUCGAGCUUUACGAUAAUACGGCGAGAUAUGGACCGCAGCUAAGUGCGAUCCCGCAUUUGUUGUCGAGAUACAAUUUUGAGUUUGUGGAUGAGCAGGGUCAUCCUGUGGCUGUGACUCCGGGUGGUGGACCGAAUGCGGAUGGAUGGACACCAAAGACUCUUGUGCUUGCAGGUGGAGAUGAGGAGAUGAAGGAGGGUGAUGUUAAGGAGGAGAAUGGUGUUUGA